AUGGAUGCCAGUGAGGUUGUCUAUGGGACCGUCUUUCUAUUACAGAUUGUAUUUGGGGUAUCGGGGAACGUGUUCCUCCUCCUGGUUUAUACUCGGGUGGUCUCCACCAGACACCAGCUGAAUCCACCAGACCUGAUCCUGGCCCACCUGGCCCUGGCCAACACCAUGGCCCUUCUCAGCAGGGGGAUCCCCGACAUCCUGUCAGCUUGGGGAGUGAGGAAUUUCCUGGAUGACAUUGGGUGCAAAAUCCUCUUAUACCUCUACCGAGUGGCCCGGGGUCUCGCCAUCUGCACCACCUGCCUCCUGAGCCUCUUCCAGGCUGUCAUCAUCAGUCCCGGCACCUCCCGGUGGGCGAGAAUCAAAACUCGAUUACACAAGUACAUCCUCCCCUCUUGCCUAUUCUCCUGGAUCUUCAAUCUAUUGAUUGACAUGUCUACACCGAUAGUCGUUACAGGCCCCCAGAACAGCACCAGCGUAAACAGAGUCAUCCUCUUGAAAUACUGCUCCUCCAUAAGUGUCAGCACAGUCACAAAACUGGUCAAUGCGGUGGUCCUCUCCCUCCGUGAUCUGUUCUUCAUGGGACACAUGAGUGCGGCCAGCGGCUACAUGGUGUUUGUUCUGCACAGACACCACCGGCAGGUCCGGCACCUCCACGGGCCCAGCCGCUCACCCAGGACGAUGCCCGAGGUCCAAGCAGCCAAGAGAGUCAUUGCCCUGGUUACCCUCUAUGUCCUUCUCUAUGGACGGGAUACAAUCACCCUUAGUUUAUUAUUUAAUAUGAAGAAAAUUUCCUUUCUCAUUCUUAAUAGCAACAACAUUAUGUCCUUCACUUUCUCAGCUGUCAGUCCAUUUCUGAUGAUUCUUAGUGACAGGAGGGUGAGAGUGUUCUGGAAAAGGGAUUCUCAUAUCCUCAACGGGGAUCCCACUUAG